GAAGCUGAUCUAGCUGGGUCGCUGCACUCUAAUUUGUGUGAGAGUGUGUGUGUGAGAGCACGUGAGAGUGUGUGAGAGUGUGCGAGAGUGCGUGAAAGUGUGUGUGAGAGCGCGUGUGUGAGAGAUCUGACUGCGCACACGGAACACAGCUGUGUCUCUCUCCGAGCCGAACAUCAGCACACGAGGAUGAGUUUCUUAUUUGGAAAUCGCUCAUCCAGGACAUUCAAGCCCAAGAAGAACAUUCCGGAAGGUUCCCACCAGUAUGAGCUGCUGAAACAUGCCGAGGCGACACUGGGCAGUGGGAACCUGCGCAUGGCCGUCAUGUUGCCAGAUGGAGAAGAUCUGAAUGAAUGGGUUGCAGUGAAUACUGUGGACUUCUUUAACCAGAUCAACAUGUUGUAUGGGACUAUCACAGACUUUUGCUCUGAGAACAGCUGUCCAGUUAUGUCAGCAGGACCCAAAUAUGAAUAUCACUGGGCUGAUGGUACAAACAUCAAAAAGCCAAUCAAAUGCUCAGCUCCUAAAUAUAUUGACUACCUAAUGACCUGGGUGCAGGAUCAGCUUGAUGAUGAAACUCUCUUCCCAUCCAAAAUUGGUGUCCCCUUUCCCAAGAACUUCAUGUCUGUAGCCAAGACCAUUUUGAAGCGUCUCUUUCGUGUAUAUGCUCACAUUUACCACCAACACUUUGACUCAGUCAUGCAGCUGCAGGAGGAGGCACACCUCAACACAUCCUUUAAACACUUCAUCUUUUUUGUCCAGGAGUUUAACCUAAUUGACCGCAAGGAACUUGCACCACUUCAAGAGCUGAUUGACAAACUGACAACCAAAGACAGAUAGAUGGUUACUGAUCUCCAUCUUGUCUUUUUCUGCCUCUCUGGGUUGCUUUUGUCCUCUUUACUCUGAUUUAUUCUCUAGAGCACAUGCUGAGCUAACAUUAGCUGGGCAACAGGGGAGGCCAUUCUGUAAUAACCUAAACUGGGCUAGCACAAUGCUACUGGCCGAAAAGGGAGUUAGCUAGAGUCCUUUGGUAGUCGCACAAUUUUACAGCCUUUAAUUAGAUGUUUGUUUAUUUAUAGUUUCAUCAGUAAACCAUAGUUUUCUGACCUUUUUAAACCAGAAAUUGUUUAAAGGAUACAACAUAAUAGAUUACAGUGUUGCUCAUUAAUUUUUGUCCACCUCAAAACAUUAUUUUUUUCAGUUUGUUGGGACAAAUCCAACAGCAGUGAGAUGUAAUGGUGCCAGUCUAUUAAUAUCUGAUGGUUUGCUUGCGUGUUUGUUUGAGGAUGUCUGUGAGCAUGUCAAUGCAAGUGAUCGUAACAGUAAACAAAUACUGGAAAGAAUGACACUUAUAGUCUAUUUUCAUAUGCAAUUACUAUGCUGAAUGAUUCUGAUUAUUUGUUAUUAUAUUACUAUUACCUAUAUUUCAUAAUGCGAAUGUUUAUCUGGCCAGGUUUUAUCCACUUCUCUUUUUUUUAUACCUCAGAUCCUAUUACACUCCAGUGUUGUAGCUGUGUGUAGAUCGCUGUCUUUGCUAGAUUUCACUACACCACUAAUUUGUAUUGUUUAUUUUUCUUGCUAUUGUCAGAAAUAUGAAUUAAGAAUUCCUAAUUCCUGAUGUUUUGUUUAUUUUCCCAACAUUUGACUUUGUUUUUUUUUUUGGUAAUAGUUCUUUACAAAGCUUUCUCAGUUGACUAUUUAUUUAACUUAGCUUGUUCAGAGUAAUUUAAACAGAUAUUACCAUAAUAUGUGCCAACCAAUGAUUGCUGUUGAAUCAAUAUUUAAUAUUGACAAUGAGAUGGAUAUUUUUUCCUUAGAACGUAUAAUAUUAAAGGCAUUUUUAUCUAGUUCUAAUAUGUAUAAAGGUGGCUGUGGGAAAGGGUAUUUUUAAAAAAUAAAAUAAAAAUCUGUGACUGUUUAUCUACA